UAAAAAGAGAAUCACACACUGGCAGCAUCUUCUUGAUGAAGACCAAUCAGCCAAGCUGAAUGGCUGCAACAAAAAGAAGGAACUGAGAAGCCCGUCUAGAGUUCAUCUGAUGGAAGCAGAGGCUGGCAAAAAUGCAAAACAAGGCACUGGGAAGACGGCCAACAAAGCCAUCCGAAUUGCUUUGGUCAUAUUCAUCACUGGGACUGCUGUUCUUGGGACCCUUCUCUUCUUAGUUAGCCAAGGUUUUUUAAAUCUUCGAGUUAAACAGAAGUACUGCUUGACGCCAGAAUGCAUUGAAGUCGCUGCUGCCAUCUUGAGCAAAAUAAAUCAGUCUGUGGAUCCCUGUGAGAACUUUUUCCAGUUUGCCUGUGAUGGAUGGAUAAAGGAUAACCCAAUUCCAGAAGAUAUGCCAAGCUAUGGAAUCUAUCCUUGGCUGAGACGAAAUGUUGACCUUAAGCUAAAGGCACUUCUGGAGAAAUCAAUCAGCAGAAGGCGGGACACUGAAGCCAUUCAGAAGGCCAAAAUUCUUUAUGUAUCUUGCAUGAAUGAGAAGGCAAUAGAGAAAGCUGAUGCUAAGCCACUGUUACACAUAUUGAGACACUCCCCUUUCCGCUGGCCUGUGUUAGAAUCUAACAUUGGUCCAGAAGGUGUGUGGUCAGAAAGGAAGUUCAGCCUCCUUCAGACCCUUGCAGUGUUCCGUGGACAAUACAGCAACUCUGUCUUCAUCCGUUUGUAUGUUUCACCUGAUGACAGAGCAUCCAACAAACACAUAUUGAAGCUGGACCAAGCCAGUCUCUCCUUAGCAGUGAGGGAAGAUUACCUUGAUAACAGCACAGAAGCUAAAGCUUACCGAGAUGCCCUUUACAAGUUCAUGGUGGAUACUGCAGUGCUUCUGGGUGCAAAUGUCUCUCGAGCUGAGCAUGACAUGAAAUCAGUGCUCAGACUGGAAAUAAAAAUAGCUGAGAUAAUGAUCCCACAUGAAAAUCGAACCAGUGAGGCUAUGUACAAUAAAAUGAACAUUUCUGAACUGAGUGCCAUGAUACCACAGUUUGACUGGCUCAGUUAUAUCCAAAAGGUCAUAGACACAAAACUCUACCCUGACCUAAAGGAUAUAGGUCCAUCAGAAAAUGUGGUGGUCCGAGUACCACAAUACUUUAAAGAUCUAUUCAGGAUACUAGGAUCUGAGAGGAAAAAGACCAUUGCCAACUAUUUGGUGUGGAGAAUGGUUUACUCGAGAAUUUUAAACCUUAGCAGACGUUUUCAGUAUAGGUGGCUCGAAUUCUCUCGGGUAAUUCAAGGAACUACAAUUUUGUUGCCUCAGUGGGACAAAUGUGUAAACUUCAUUGAAAGUGCUCUUCCUUAUGUAGCUGGAAAAAUGUUUGUGGAUGUUCACUUCCAAGAAGAUAAGAAGGAAAUGAUGGAGGAACUGAUUGAGGGAGUUCGCUGGGCCUUCAUUGAUAUGCUGGACAAGGAAAAUGAAUGGAUGGAUGCAGGGACAAAGAGGAGAGCCAGAGAAAAGGCAAGAGCUGUUCUGGCAAAGGUUGGCUACCCCAAGUUUAUAAUGAAUGAUACUUAUGUUAAUGAAGACCUCAAAGCAAUGAAAUUUUCAGAAAGUGAUUAUUUCGGCAAUGUCCUGCAAACUCGCAAGUAUUUAGCACAAUCUGAUUUCUUCUGGCUAAGAAAAGAAGUUCCAAAAACAGAGUGGUUUACCAAUCCAACUACUGUCAAUGCCUUUUAUAGUGCAUCUACCAACCAGAUUAGGUUUCCAGCAGGAGAACUCCAAAAGCCUUUUUUUUGGGGAACAGCAUAUCCUCGGUCUCUGAGUUAUGGUGCUAUAGGAGUCAUUGUUGGCCAUGAGUUUACCCAUGGAUUUGAUAAUAAUGGCAAAAAAUAUGAUAAGAAUGGAAACCUUGAUCCUUGGUGGUCUACUGACUCUGAAGAAAAGUUUAAAGAAAAAACAAAAUGUAUGGUUAGCCAGUAUAGCAGCUAUUACUGGAAGAAAGCUGGCUUAAAUGUGAAAGGGAAAAGGACAUUGGGAGAAAAUAUUGCAGAUAAUGGAGGUUUGCGAGAAGCUUUUAGGGCCUAUAGGAAAUGGAUAAAUGAUAAGAGGCAAGGAGUGGAAGAGGAUCUCCUACCAGGCAUUAAAUUCACCAACAAUCAGCUCUUCUUUCUGAGUUAUGCUCAUGUGAGGUGCAACUCCUACCGACCAGAAGCUGCAAGAGAACAAAUACAGAUUGGUGCUCAUAGCCCUCCCCAGUUUAGAGUCAAUGGUGCAGUAAGUAACUUUGAGGAAUUCCAGAAAGCUUUUAACUGUCCAAUCAAUUCAACAAUGAACAGAGGUACAGAGUCCUGCCGGCUUUGGUAGAUGGUCCUUUGCUCCAUCCCAUCCUCACUGGGGUCUAUUAUGAGAAAAGCUGCAAGUGUGAACUCUAACCUACAACUGCUUCUGACCUGUUUCUCUUCAAAGAUGGGAAGGGCUGAAUUUUGGUUGCAUCUUCAUAAUUUCAGCGAAUUAUGAAUCAAAUCACCAUCUGAUCAGGGCUUUAGGACUUUUCAAAAUGAAAUGGAAAAAAAAGAGAGAAGAGUAAGUUUCUUGAGGAAAAAAAUAAAACCACCCCUUAACCAUGCUGUGGUUGUAGUGCUAUGAUGGAUCACUGCCAUUACCCUUUCUACUUCUUCAUUUGUUGUUAGCAAAAGCUAAGUGAUACAAUACCAUUUUAAUCUAGUGCUUUGCAGGGGGGCAAAACCAAAUGUGUCUAUAAAAAAUUCAAUUUCUCUUACCUGCAAGUCCCCAGAAGGAAGGUGCCUUUCUGGCAGCUCAGGAGGUCUUGCUAUACUGUAGGAUAGAGUGUUUGAUAAUACAGAGUCAUCAUUACACAACAUUUUCUAAACAAUUGCUUACAAUGUGGGAGAGGCUUUUGGUGCUUUGAUUUUCAAAACAAAUUCUAACCUUCAACUGGAUACUCUCAGGAUGCAAUAACAAUUCAUAAUUUGUAAGGAAUGGAACUGGCCACCAAUAUUAACUAGAUGAAAAAGUCCCUGCCCUUUGAUUAAAAAAAAAAACAAAAAAGAAAAAUAUUUGAAAUUUAUCACAUAAGUGACCUUGUAGAAGAAAUUUGCAGAUAUGGAAGCAGUAGGAGAGUUCUAAGGAGACCAGGUUCCCACUUGUUUGUUUAGUGCUUCAACCCUAUGACCUAAAGGCUGUAUUUAUUUAAAAAGAGUUCUGGCUCUAAGACCCUUGUCCUGACCAUCAAGUUGUUUUUACAUGUAUUUGUCUUUAAUUUUGGAAGUCCUUUCUGAAAUGAGAAGACAUCCAAAGAUGUCUCCAAGUUCUUAUAUAUGUUAAAUAAGAACUAAGUCUUCAUUGACUUCCAGCUCAGAUCAUGAGGACCUCCCUGAUUGCAGGGAAACCUAAGCAUUUUUGUAAUUACAGUCUCACUUUUACCUUCCUCAUUAAAAAACAAAGAUAUCAAACAUAGCUAGAUGAUUCCUUGAUUCUUACGCAUUUGGGGUAUACCAAUUUAUUUCAAAGAUUCUUGUAAAAUUUGUUUAAAAAUUUAAAAAAUCCAAAAGAAAGAAAGAAAAAAUUAUUUCCUUACAGAAGAUCUUAGAGUAAAAACCAAACACAUGAUUUUGAAAUCUCAGGAUAUUUAAGUUUGGGUUUUAACUUUAUAAAGAUUCUGUUUGACAAGAAUCCUCUUUCUUUAGUCCAGACAUGUCAGGGAUAAGAACUUACCUCUUUGAAAGUAGUUAAAUCACAUGUCAUGUUCUACUCAGUAUCCAUUUCCCACCUUAAUUCAUUGUAUGUGGCAGGAGGGAGAAUGGGGUUGAAAUACAAAAGAAAUAUUAAGAGCUCAAAAGAACAAUCAAAUCCUGACAGUAAACACUGGGAUCAAUUUUGUUUGAUUCAUCUGAAGCAUCGUUAGUGAUUCUGAAGAUGGAAAACUAAACAUAUUUCAAUAUUGAUCUCUGGUGGAGAGAGCCCUAACAAUCCUAGUUGAUAUGUAUUGCCAGUUAUUAGGUGCAUUGCUGGUUUGGAUCUGAGCACUAAUGUGGCUGGGUUGGGGAAAAGAUUAGCAACAGAAGAGAAACUUUGACCUCAACUGGGCAGGGACGGCUGCAUUUCUCCACUUGGCUUUGCAAAUAGAUGAGCUACAGAAGGAGAGCUACCUUUCUACUUUUAUCAGUCAUGGAUUCCAGUGUGAAAUUAGUUUAUUUUAUUCUUCAUAAUGAAGCUGGGCUGGACUCCUGGUGCUGAUGAAUUCAUUUUCUUCAUCUCUUUCUGUUCAUGUACUUGAAUUACCUUUUGUUUUGUCACUGAACUUGGACAUUUAAUACAGGUUAAGGAAGGCAUGGAGAGCACAUCUGAAUUGUGUUUUUCUCUCUGACGUCUUUGAUUCAACUCUAAACAAAUGUACUUCUUAAUGUCAGAGAAAAUACGUUGUUUAGAACAGUGGCAAUAAGAGACAUCAUUUUGUCUGCGCAUUCUAAGAUGCCAAUGAUUAGCUAUCUAGAAAGACAGAGGCUGGAGGCUCACACGGUUUCUGAAAUGUGUGACUCCUUUCUCUUGAUUCAUUUUUGUUGCGUGGUACACUCAUAGCAUGACAUAUUUAUUUUGGUUAAUGUAAAAUGUGAUCCUAGGUAGGACAAUGUCCCCAAUAACACAGGACUUAAUAAAAGCUCAUGUUUGAUACAACACUACACAGUUUAUAGAGUGCUUUCCUCAUAACAGUGCUUUGAGUCAGGGUUAGUAUUAUAAUCUCUGCCUAGGAUAUGAGGAUGUUGGGGAAAGUGAGGACCAGAUAAGGUAAAUGACUUGGCCAAGGACAUGUAGCUAGUAAUUGAUAGAGAUGGGAUUGAACAUGAAUUUUCGGAUUCCAAGGUCAAUGUUCUUUACACAAUGCCAUUCACUUAUUUGCAUAUGAUGCCACAUGGACUUCCAUCAGCCAUAGGGUCCUGGGUUCAAAUCUCCUGAGCACAAUGGACAUUAAGUUAGACAUAGGAAAAAGUAACCCAGUUCAAUUUGGAGUGAAGGGAACAAGGUAGAAUUUGCUAUAGAAAUAUAGUUCGGACAAUGAAGUGGGAUUUGUGAACAAACACAUCAAAUGGGCUGAAUCAUUAAGAAUUCCCCCCUAUUCCCUUCCAAAUCAAAGUGCCUUAACUAUGAUAAAAUUCUAUGUAUGGGACUGUGAAACAAAUGUUAACUGUGAUGGUGAUCAUCAUAGGAUGAGAGAUUUGGUAGAGCUAAAAGGGAACCAGAGGCCAUCAAAUUUUAUUUUAAUUAUAGAGGAGGAAAUUGAGGCCCAGAGAGGCCAAGGUCACAGAGAGUAAGAAUCUGAGGUCUUUUUGAUUCCAAGAGCAAUGCCUUUUCAUUUCACCUUAUUGCCUGUCAUGAAAUAAAUGAUAUUUAAAGAGACUGGUCUUUGUGUUGAGUUGCUAUGACAAUUCUCACCAAUUCUUGGGCUGAGUGCCAUUACUAGGAAAUACCAGCUAUGUUUAACAAUAAUUCACAUUUCCUAUAGCACUUUAAGGUUUUUAAUGUGCUUCUCUAACGUGACCCUGUGAACCAAUUUUUUUUUUAUUAUCCCUAUUUUAUAAGUGAGGAACUUGAAGAUACAUUGAGUAAUUUUAUUCUUGUGCAAGGUCAGAGAAUCCUUUUGGGGCUGGUAGGAUGGGAAUUGGUUGAGGGACUGAUUCAAUGGUUUAUCAGCAACCUCACAAGUCUAUGCAGCUUCCAUUGGUAUCGGGCUGCCGUUUUCUGUUUUUACUUUUAUGAGAUGGACUUUGAUGUGACUAACACAAGCCUGGCAUUCAAAAACUACUGUGGAGCUUAUUUAGUGCCUUCCUCAGGAGGAGCUUAAAGUGCAGCUCAUAAAUAGAAUCUCACUUAGCCUCAUGGCAUCCUGGGUGACAGCCAGAAGAUAGGAUUGGUCAUACAGGGAUAGUCAUCUCUAAAAAGGAGAUGCAAAUGCUUGGGGAAUAGAAAGGUUUAGUGGCUUGUCAGGCAUCACAGAGCAAAAUUGGUGCAGAUUCUCAGGACCCUGGGCAACUUUCUGACCACUGAUAUACAGAGUUCUCUCUCCUGGACUGUGCCAUUUCUAAAUGCUUUUAUUCAAUCACUACUCCAAUGGACACAUAUUGCUUAAUACAUUUCUUAGUUGUACCUUUUACAUAGAUACUCAGUUGCAUAUUAAAUUACUGAGGGGUAUUGUAUGCUUAUCUCAUAAGAAAUAAUCCUUGAUUCCAGAGGCAGUGCCCCACUGGGUUGAAAAAAGGCCUUUUCUGAUAUUACCUUUUAUUGUAUGAAUUUUUGCCUUGAAAUCCAUUUGGUUGUAUUACUCCCUCUCCCUCCCCUUAUCAAUGUGGAUGGUGAUUUUAAUGACAAUAAAAAUGACUUCGAA